GGCGAAUCCGACGCUCCGCUGCUGUUCAAUUCUCAGGAAUUACCAUCUAAAGCACUACACACUUCGGAACUUUAUUAUCAGAUAUCAUGUCGUUUGUCAGUAUCCCUUGCCGUUCUUCUCACGAAGUUGACCUGAAAAACCCGUUGAGACGUUUCAUCGAAAAGAAUUAUGGUGAUGACAUCGCUAGAUCUGUGUCUCAGUCACUGGAUGCGCUGCAAGAAAUGCGAAAGUCUAUGUUGCUUAGGCUACGCGAUAAAACACCCGCCGCCGCCAAACAUAUUGCGACGUAAGUACAUUGCUUACUUCAGAUAUCGUCCACUUUUUGUUACCGCGCCUUUAGUCUUCAUUCUGCUUCAUUUUGAUAUGCCAUGUUAACCUUCCCUGGUUUGUACGUUUGGGCUUACGUAUAUGUACGUUCCUUGUUAACUAUAAAGGCCUUAAAUUCCCGGUUCUCAUCUCUUUGUGUCGUGAAAACCUUUUGUGGGUCCUUUUUAUCGUCAGUGAUGUUUUGAAGCAUGGCUUCGAGUGGUGUUCUUAGACCGAACAACUGGGGCUACCAUGAUACCCUGUAUAGUCUGGAGCCUCGCGUUUCUAUGUCAGAGACCGAAGCACGUGUGGAUUGGAAGUGGACGGACAUAACCGGGAAGCAAAAAAAAAUCUGCACUAGCGCAUUUGAGCGGGCCAACGUCAUAUUUUGCUACGGUGCAAUCCAAUCUCAGAUAGCAGAAUCAUCUGAUUUGAAAGAUCCCAAUGGAUUAAAGCAAGCCGUUGUUGCGCUGAAGACAGCGUCUGGCGUCUUCGAAUUCCUGGCUUCCAACUGUUCCAUGUUUGGUAGCUCGGCGGGUGAUCUACUUAUGGAUGUAAUGGUGGCCUAUGGAACUGUAAUGCAAGCCCAAGCUCAGGAGUGUGUUUUCCUCAGGGCCGAACAAGCAAACAUGCCCUCGACUCUUGUCGCGAAACUCGCCUCUAAGACGCGGGAAUAUUACGAUGAUGGGCUGAAACGAUGCACUGUUUCCAGCAUCAAAUCUCACAUUCCCAGGGACUGGCUCAAUAACCUUUCGGGAAAACUACAGCUUUUCUCUGCUCUCGCACAGUAUCAUCAAUCCAAGGUUUGUGACGAAUCGAGAGCGAUUGGAGAGCGUGUUGCUCGGUUGAUGGUAGCUUAUGAUCUGAUGAAGACUGCUGCACGCGCUGGUCAUCGCCAACAUAUGGUGGAACAGAUCAAACGGGAGCGAGAUUCUGCUUCUAAGGAUAAUGACCUUGUAUACCACGAACAUGUCCCUAACGCGAAGGAUUUGGCUCCGGUGCCCACUGAAGGCGCAUUGGGGAAGAUUGAAUUGCAGUUACCGUUGCUUAAAGGUGAAGUUCCCGAUCUGUUCACUGCGCUGCUUCCAUUGGGUGUUUUGGAGGCUAGAAAACAUGCAACAACGAUUUAUCGAUCUUUGUUAGCUGCUGAGACCCACCGACUUCGCGAGGCCACCAAUGCUCUCAACGCUGUGAUGUGUUCGCUCAACCUACCUGCUGCCAUUCAGCUCUCUUCUUCGGAGCAAAAUUACGACAGUAUUCUGCAAGGUGCGGCCAGAAUUCGUCAGCAAGGGGGUGCCGAUCGUUUGCGUGAGCAGGUGUUUUCACUUCCGGACUCGGCUGAGCGCAAUCGUCAGAUUCUUCGACAACAAGCAAACACCUUGGAUGAUGAGGAGAAGACAGAUGAAAAUUUGAGGAAACAAUUCGGCGAGCGCUGGACACGAAAGCCCUCAAAGGAGCUCAAUGAACAAUGGCGAAAAGAUAUUCAAAAGAUGCUGAAUUUUCUUGUCGAGACGGAGAAGACAGAUGCUAUGUUGGCUAAUCGCUUUGAAGAACAGGCUUACUUUUAUGAACUGCUCAGUAAGACCGAUCUGGAGAUAGUCGGUGCAAUUAAAGAUGCCCAAGACGGUUCAGGUUCCUCGCCCACUGGAAACGAGAGCUCUCGUCAAGCCCUUGCGCAGGUUUGCAGCCAAAUCGAAACACUGAAAGGCGAUCGCCACAGUUUGUGUGACCAGUUUGAAGCUCUACAGUUACCUGAGUCGAUCCUGAACCAGCUGUUCGAGUGCUAUCGCACACAGGGUAAGGUCACCGAACAGUUCGUGUUGGAUGCGCUCAAUGUUGAGCUUCAAGGUUCUCGGGAGUGUGUUCGUGCCAGCGAGAGACGCCAAGAAGAGCUAUUGUCCGAGCUACAGACCAAAUACGAAAGCCAUUUUGGGCAUCGAUCGUCUACCGAGGCAGGCGGUAGCUUGAUCACUCGUCUGAAUGCUGCAGUGGAUAGCUUCUUUGCCCUGGACAAGGAUGUGAAGGAAGGCAUGAAAUUCUAUGCCGAGCUAACGGACCGCUGUCUGAAGGUUCAGGAAAAGAUAGACGAUUUCUGUCUCGCCCGGACUACCGAGAAAACCGAACAUCUCGCAGAUAUUACUAGCAGCUUCGGUCGCGUUUCCAUGGGAGAAACUUCCCCUGUGACCACCACUUCAGCGGUGCCCUCUAGACCUCCACCAACGUACACCCAAGCUGCUUCUGCUCCUCAGCCAUCCAUAUCGACUCCGACCACAGCACCGACUUCCGUGAACCCCAGCUCUACUCAAACGGGCGCGAUGGCGGCGUCCUCCGCCCAACCCCCUGUGUCUUUUGGUCAACCUGGUUAUGGCUGGGGUCAGCAACCAUAUCCUUAUGGCGCCUCCUAUCCUCCUUAUGCAGUCCCCGGCUAUCCGCCAGUCGCUGGGAUGCCUAUGUAUGGUUUCUACUCCGGAUAUCCACCGAUGCCACCAACACAGAUGCCACCCCUACCGCCUUAUCCGAUGAUGUCCAAUCCUCCUUGUUCCUUUGGACAGGGACAGCAACCCAAGCCAUGAUAACUGAAUAUUGCGAGUCAGGCUGGUCUCUACCGGCUUCCAGCUCUAGGAUCCAUCCACACUACUUGUUCGUUGACGCCCCGUGAUCGAUAUACCUAUACAAACACCCGUUUCUAUUUGUCGACCAUUUCACUUUCUGUUUUAAAGCCUUUUCACGUAUCGAUUCUUAUUUAUAUUUUUGCACAACCACUUCUAUCGUGUCGACCAACAAACAUCUUGUUUAGACUGAACAACAUGCCCUCUAGACAGCGAACAAACAGUUGGCUUGUGAUUGUCCACAUUGAUACGACCUCAAAUUUGUUUCACUGAACCGGUUGUCUGGUCUGUGUACCACUGUCAUUGGAGUGCUUUUCUUGUGAUUUCACUCGAUUGCUUCACCUGUUCCAUUCCGGGUUCGGCGGUGUACCCGUCUUUCUUCAGCCUUACUGUACCUCAGCAAAAGUGAACAAUCUACUCCGCUUCUAAAUCGCACC